AUGAUCCUUACAGUGUGCAUUUCUUCAUUUGUGAAAUUUUCAUUGUAUAGUAUCAUAACUCUCGCUCCUAAUCAAAUUUUGCCUUUCAUGGCUCGAUAUGAUGCCUCUGAACGAGAACUGAGAGCGGCUGAGCCUUCUGUCAAUCUUGGUUCUUUGUUCACGAUAUUCCUCGCUUUUAAUGCUGCAGCAUUUUUUACAUUUGCGAUAAUUUUGCUGAUAGUUGAAGUCAAAUCUUGGCAGUGGCGUGCCAAAUGCGACCUCCUGGAGAGUUCCAACGGUCAAGAGAUACUUUCAAUCGAAGCUGGAGAAAUCCCUCUAUCACCGAACGAAUGCAUAGCCCUCCUCGGAAGCAAAAACGAUAGUCUGGCUAUCAUGGAGGACCUUGCAACUAACUGUGAGAACAUUUCGGAAAUAAGCGUCUGCUCGCUGAAAAGUACAUUGGAUCCGUUUCUCAGUUUAAAAUUCAAUCUUAAGAUGAUUGCUAGCGUUGCAGGUUAUCCAUUCGCUGACGUGGAAAAGCUGAUACUUCCGGCUAUGGGUGGUGAAAAUCAACUCCGAUCACCAUUUUCAUCUUACAGCUAUCUGAAGCAAAGAAGAGCUAGUGUUACCGCUGCUGCUCUGACAAACUCGAAAGUAAUAAUAUUUGAAUUGCCCACGAAAGAUACAAGCUUGUAUACUUGGAACAUAAUGCGAGAUGUGCAACAAGCUGGUCGAACAGUCAUCUUUACAACCAAUUCGAUAGAAGAAUGCGAAAUGAUUGCUGAUCAAGUUGGAAUAAUGUCAGAAGGCAAAAUUAUCAAAAUCGCGACAUUUCAAGAGUUGAAGGAACGAUAUGGAAUGCUUAUGGUGCUGGAAGUGUAUACGACAUGUUCUAACCGAGUUGAAGUGAUAAACUCCAUUGCUAGCAAGUUUCCAAACUACCUUAAUCUUCCAAGCUCCGCUUCACAUCCGCUAAGGUUGAGAUGGAAGCUCGAUUUCUCGCAUGGCCCAGAUUUUGGAGAAAAAUGCAGGCGCCUCAACGAACAUCUUCUUACUCUGCCUAUAGAUAGGAGUCGAAUCAUGUCAGCACCCUUGGAUGUUCUUGCACAAUCAGUCAUUGACGAGUUUGAAAGGAGCGAACACAGUUUAUCAUGAAUUCGCUAAAACAUUUGUACAACCAAAUACAAUUCUACUUAAAAUUAAUGUUUUAUUCAAUUGCGUAACACAUUCUUUAUU